GGCAUAUGCCAAAAGCGCAACUAGUACAACUAGUUAAAAUAAAAACUACACGAAAGAAAGAGAGCGUUGCCUCCACGCGACCACAACGAGAGAGAGAGAGACCCAUUCCUUUUUUAAAAAUUCAAUCGUAUCGUCCACAGUUUCUCUUAUCACCACUCCGAACCAGAGACGAGAAAACCAGAGAGAGAUGCAAUCGCUGCAGGAGAAGGCAUCGGUGUUGAGCGGCGUCGAUGAGGCUGAGGCCUUCGCUAUCGACGAAUCCAAUCUGUUCGAAAAGCUUGGUCUUCAGACCUUUAUCAAUCUCUCCACCAAUUUCUACACCAGGGUAUAUGAUGACGAAGAAGAAUGGUUUCGAUCUAUAUUUUCUGACUCAAACAAAGAAGAUGCCAUCCAGAACCAGUAUGAGUUCUUCGUCCAGCGUAUGGGAGGCCCUCCUUUGUUUUCUCAGAGGAAAGGUCAUCCUGCUUUGAUCGGACGUCACCGUCCAUUUCCAGUGACCCAUCAAGCUGCAGAGAGAUGGCUACACCACAUGCAAAACGCUCUCGACGAUUCGCUUGACAUCGACCAGGACUCUAAAAUCAAAAUGAUGAAGUUCUUCAGGCACACUGCGUUCUUUCUUGUGGCUGGAAAUGAGCUCAAGACUCAGGAUGAGAAAUCGAAGAAGCAUAAGCACAAUUGUGCGUGUAAACACGCAGCGGCAAAACCAGCAGAAGAAUGAUUAGUAAUAUGUUGCUUAAAAGCUGUGCCGCCACAAGUGCAACCUCGUUCAUGGCAUGGAUACUUUAGGAUCUCUUUACUUUAUUAUAUGGCUCCGUUGCUUCGUUUACAUAUAUUAGCCCUUGGCUUAUGAAUAAAACUAGAAUGAAUUUUCAAAUGUAAAUCAAUAUGCAUGUUUGGACUA